AUGCUUGGUCAGAGACUGGACGACGGGAACAUGGAUCCUCGGAACCACCACAAGUUGAUUGAUGUCCCACGCCAGCUGGCUCUACCUACCAGUGAUGGACCACGCCAGCUGGCUCUACCUACCAGUGAUGGACCACGCCAGCUGGCUCUACCUACCAUUGAUGUCCCACGCCAGCUGGCUCUACCUACCAUUGAUGUCCCACGCCAGCUGGCUCUACCUACCAUUGAUGGACCAUGCCAGCUGGCUCUACCUACCAUUGAUGUCCCAUGCCAGCUGGCUCUACCUACCAUUGAUGUCCCACGCCAGCUGGCUCUACCUACCAGUGAUGUCCCACGCCAGCUGGCUCUACCUACCAUUGAUGUCCCAUGCCAGCUGGCUCUACCUACCAUUGAUGUCCCACGCCAGCUGGCUCUACCUACCAUUGAUGGACCAUGCCAGCUGGCUCUACCUACCAUUGAUGUCCCAUGCCAGCUGGCUCUACCUACCAUUGAUGUCCCACGCCAGCUGGCUCUACCUACCAUUGAUGUCCCACGCCAGCUGGCUCUACCUACCAUUGAUGUCCCACGCCAGCUGGCUCUACCUACCAUUGAUGUCCCACGCCAGCUGGCUCUACCUACCAGUGAUGUCCCACGCCAGCUGAGUGCAUUCUGA